GGACAGUAUCAGGAGCAGUAUUUGUCUGAGAGGACAGGAUCUGGAGCAGGAUUUGUCUGAGAGGACAGGAUCUGGAGCAGGAUUUGUCUGAGAGGACAGUAUCUGGAGCAGGACUUGUUUCUGAGAGGACAGUAUCAGUAUUUGUCUGAGAGGACAGUAUCUGGAGCAGGACUUGUCUGAGAGGACAGUAUCCGGAGCAGGAUUUGACUGAGAGGACAGUAUCUAACUGUUAUUCCUUAGUGUUUUAAGAAGCAGCAGGAUUUUAGUCAUGAAGGAUAUUGCUCUAUCGCUACUGAGUCGAGGCUGUGGUCAUGUUGUCCAGGCACAGCUGGGCAGUCAAGAUGGACGCCUGGAAGUCUACUUCGAACCUAAGGACUACUAUGGUUGGAAGUCUCAGCCCUCCCUGCUCCGCUUAUCUAAGAGUGGCCGUCUGCUGGGCGGCGUGGAGACAGGGCUUCCUAAAACCUACAGCACAAGACAGGGACCUCUCUUCCUAUACUACCAGGAAAUGGCCAUGACGUCAUCGUUUCUGUCAUCGUGCCCCUCGGGGUCAGAGGACAUCAGGAAGAGGCAGGCCUCCCAACAUUCCAGACAGGAAGUGGAGCUCCAGCUGAACACUCUGCGGGACCUGACGGGAGCCAUACUGGCUUAUGGGAAAAAGCAGCUUCGUGAGGAAGAAGAAGGCAAAGACACCCACCAGCCUGUCCUCCCCCUCCCCUCCAGUCAUGAGACCUACUAUCCUCCCAUCAAGCCCUCCUACCCCAGACACCCCACCAAGGGUUGGACUCCCUUCAGGUCUACCUGGAACCGCCAGGUAGCGCCCCCCCACCUGGAGCAGCUUACAGCUGAUCCAGAGCUGUGA